ACAGUAUAAAAGUGCUCGAUAAAGUUUCAAUUAAAACACAUUAUUUUUUAUAAAACGAAUAAAAAUCCAUUAUAAUCAAAAAUGUCUGAUAAUACAAAUUCACGGCUCACAGAAUUAGAAGAAAUACAAAUUCAGUCUGUUAAAAUAGCCGAUGAUUCAUUAGAAAGUACUCGGCGCAUGUUAAAUAUGAUGGAAGAAAGUGAGCAAGCUGGACAAAAAACUAUGGAAGCUCUGGAUGAACAAGGUGAAAAAUUAAAUAACAUAGAACGAGGCAUGGAUAACAUUAAUGCAGAUAUGACUAAGGCUGAAAAAAGUUUAAAACGAUUGAAAAGGUGUUGCAUUAUUUGCCCAACACCAUGGAGAAAAGUUCCAACUCAAGUUGAGACAGAUGGAGAAUUUAUAACGGAAACAGAAGGAAAUGCAAAAGUAGUCGUGGAUCAACCACGACGUGUUUAUGAGGAAAGAACAGCGAAUUCUGCGAUUCCCUCAUCUGGUUACAUUACACGUAUAACAGGCGAUGCCCGAGAAGAUGAAAUGGAUUCAAAUUUGUGUCAAGUUAAUAAUAUCUUAGGUACUCUUAAGAAUAUGGCCGUAGAUAUGAACUCUGAUUUAACAAAACAAAAUACUCAAAUUGAGAGAAUUACUGCAAAGGGAGAUGCUAAUAGCGUACGAUUGGAUCAGGUCAAUAUAUCGGCAAAUAAAAUGAUUAAUAGUUAAAGUAUACUUUAGGGAUAAAAGUUAAAGCUCAAAGUAAAUAUCAAACAAAUAUUGAAUGAAUCCAGCUUUGAAAGAAUGCACAAUGAAAGACACACAAUCGAAUGAAAUAAAAUGGCACAAAACUUAAAAAACCACAGACAGCACAACAUUAACUGAAAUAAUAUUAAAUUGAAAAAUAAAAUGAGGAACAUAAUAACAAGAAAAGAAUAACAAACAUAAAAACAAACCACAAUUUAUAAAUGUCCAAUAUUAAUAACUAAAUGGAACCACCAACAACAA